AUGCGGUUUGCGGGCAGUUUGCGGGCGAGCUCACACUGCGGCGAGUGUGCACAGGAGGCGCGCCCCCGACACCGGGCAGUGGGGAGACAGAGAGACGGAGACGGACAGAGGGAGACAGAGGGAGGUUUAACGGGUGCAUCGUUACCCCGCAGCGGGCUGAGGGUGGCGGGUCGCGGGCAGUGCGGAGCCGCCGUGCCGUUGGCGAGAUCCAGGCCGCCCGUCCCCGUCCCCCCGCUGGCCGAGACCUCCAUCUCCACCUCGACCGCUGUCCGCACCGGCCCGGGGCGGCCGCUGGACAAUGACAGAGGCAGCGGGACAAGGAGAGCGAUGGAGAUGUCGCCGCCGCCGCCGCUCAACGCCCACAUCUUGCAGAGUCCAGGCCGCCAGGUGUCCGGCGCCGGCGACGAGGCGGAGGAUGAGCGGUGUCUGCACAAGGCCCGGGCCGAGCUAGAGGAUGUCCGGCGCCAGUGGCUCAGUGUCCAGCGGGAGACCCACACCGUGCGGGCACUGCAGAAGGGAUUGGAGCAGUCCCUGCAGGCAUCGGUGCGGAGACACGAGCUGCAACGCAGGAGCCUGGCCAAGAUGGUGGGACAACUGGAGCACGAGUUGAAGGAGGUCAGGGGAGACAUUGAACACCAGGUGUGGCAAAACCAACUGUUGGUCAACACCAAAGUGCGAUUGGAGGGAGAAAUCGGCAGGUACCGCAGCCUCAUGGACAAGGAGGAAGGAAGACUCUCCAGUGCAGCCGCUGUGGGCUCUGCAUCAUCGCUCAGCUCCUUCCGUCAGACGCAGGUGUGUCUCCCUUCAGUUCCUGCAGUGGAAGAUUAUCAUGAGCAGAGGGUUGAGAUGGUGACAACACAGGAGAUUCAUGGUCACAACUCGGUGGCCAAGACUUCAAAGGCUCGCGGCAAAAUUCAGACGGAGAGAGUGGACGAGGUGAUCAAGGAGUGGGAGUGUUCCUUCUUCAAAGACAACCCGCACCUCCGCAAGAAGUCGGCAUCGCUGCGCUUCGACCUGCACCUGGCAGCGACGGACGAGGGCAGCUGCAACGGCCAGCGGGCCGGCCUCCCCGACAUCGAGCUCCGGCUGGUGAUGAGGAAGUCCAGCAGCAUCCCGUCUCUCAAGUCCUAACACCAGCUGGCCACCCGAGCUCCCCUCCGCUCCGCUCCGCCCCGCCUGGCGUUGAUGUCCCGCUGCCAAAUGCAGGCCGCAGGCUCUCUCUAUAUGUAUCGCAUUUAUCCAUAACCAAAGGUGCAUGAAAA